UAGUGACUCAUUCAAUUCCUAUUUAAGUGAUGGAGAUCUAAAACAUGCAUUACACCGAACUUGAACCUGAGAAGAGUAACAGAAAUUCCACAAUGACGGAACAAUUAUUUAAUAAAAAAGUACCAGGAAAAUUUAUUCAGAACAAGCAAUUAUUCGUUAUUGCAAGUGUUGGAUUAAUUUGUUUCACUCUUCCGAUUGAUAUUUCUGCAGCAUUUAUUGACGCUACAUCUUCUGCUGUAGCGGCCCACAAAUGUACAAGUGCUGAAUGUAAUGUGGAACGCUUAGAAACAGCUGCAGAAAUAAUAAACUACCGCGAUUCAAGUAAAAAUCUAUGUGAUAAUUUUUAUGGAUUUGUUUGCGGUAAUUACAAAAGUACAGAUAUAACCAAUGAUGAAGACUAUCUUCAAAAGAAAAGAUUUGAAUUUUUGGACCAUUUAAUCCACCGAGAAACCUCUGGUGAUUUCAAACCAUACAAACUUAUUCAUGAUUUAAACGAAGUAUGCAUGGAUGACAACGCCAGAGGACAGCAGGCUUUGGAUCUUAUGAACAGUAUAAUAAAAAGUCUAGGUGGGUGGCCUAUUAUAGAACAUGAAAAUUGGAAGGACUUAGAAUUCGAUUGGAUUGAUUUCACUGGCAAUGCUAAAAAAACUGGUUACCAUAUUACUUAUUUCCUGGAUUGGAGACCGUAUUCAGUAUAUCAAAACAAAUCGAGAUUGUUAAGAUAUUCUGCUAAAUUAGCUCCUUCCUACUUCGAAUUCGCAACGGGCCCAAUGUCGGAAAUAAAAAAAGAAAUAUAUAACGAUUAUAUGGCUAAAAUAGGAAGAAUGUUAGGUGGACCUUAUAUAGACGUAUUGGAAAACUUGGAUGCGGCGUAUGAAUUUGAAAAAAAAUUAGACGAAAUAAAUCACUUCGAAAAUCCAAAAGAUACGGAAAAUAUGAGCAUUGAAGAGUUACAAAAACAAUGGCCGAGUAUAGAUUGGAAUAAGUUUGUUGAAAAAACGUUAAUGCCUUUUGUGGAUGCUAGUGAAAAGCCUAUUCUGACCGUUUGGAAUCCAGAAGCCCUGACGAAAUUUGAAAAACUAAUGAAUGAAACUCCGAAACGUGUGCAAGCUACCUAUGGCAUGUGGAAAAUAGUUCAAUACUCGCUUCCAUAUUUGACUGAUGAGUUUCGAGAAAUGCAAAAUAAAUUUCAGCAAGCUGUAGCUCUUCCCGAAUUGUCCCGUCAACAGCAGUGUGAUAAAAUAGUUAAAGUUAAUGCUGAAUAUGCCGUUUAUUACAUGUACUUGGAUCACUACAAAAGUAGCGUCGAUACUAUUAAAAGUAUAAUAGAGUCUAUAAGAAAGAAAAUGAUUGAAAUUAUUAGAAACUCUGCAGUAUUGAAUGACGAUGAUAAAAAUAAAGGAGUUAAAGUCCUUACAGACAUGCAAGUUACUAUUGGACCGUGGGAAAAAUUGUUAGACCCACAUGAAGUGGAGAAGUUUUAUGAAGGCACCAAAAUUGACAAAGGCAACUUUUUGCAGACUAUGUUGAACAUGAAUAUUUUUAGGUUGAAAAAGAGUUUGAGUAAUGAAAUUCAGAAGUACACGAUUCCAUAUGAUGAGAGAAGAAAUCCGGGAGUUCCAAGUUCUUAUGACAACCACUUAUAUAUUCCGGCAGAGAUGAUACCCAACGCGAUAUUUGACAAUAAUCGUCCUCUGUACAUGAAUUACGGAACACUUGGGUACUACAUUGCUCAGACAAUGUUUCAUUUUGUGGCUGACAUUGGAAGGAAAUUCGGUGAAGACGGAAAAGAAAUCCCCAAUAAACAAGUUGACUGUUUCCUUCACAGAGGGGACAAUGAAACAGAUCCGGAAAUACGAGAACUCAUGUCUCGUAAGUCAGUGGAAGACGUUAUUGCUCAAUACGUUGGGUUCCGUAUUGCUUAUUUAGCUUACAAAGACUACGUUGCUGAAUUUGGUCCAGAAUUGAAAUUGCCCGAAUUGUCUUACACACCCUAUCAACUAUUUUGGAUUUCAUUUGGUCAGUCGUUUUGUUCUGCCGCCAAUGAAUUUGAUGAAUCAACUGAAACUAAGAAAACAGAAUUAAAUAUGUUCGAACGUUUGGUGAUGAACAUGUUGGUGUUUAUACCCGAAAUUUCAUCGGAUUUCGAGUGUUCAGUAGGUUCUAAUAUGAAUCCUGAAAAUAAAUGUAUUUAUUGGUAAAUUUAGAUAAUUUUGUGACCAUUAAUUGACUGAAACGA